AUGGCGCAGCACAGCUCGGCACGCCUGCCGGCCGCGGCGGCGAGAAGGCGGCGAUCACGCCUCGGACUCCGGACUCCGGACUCCGCCUCUGCCGGCGGCGGCGGCGGCGACGCGCUCAGCGGCGGAGGCGCCGCUCUGCAGUAUUUACUGCCACAGCCCGCCUGCCAUUGCCCCGAGCCCAGGAGAUCCCAACGAGCUGAAGACUCCGCCCGCGUUCGCAGCUGUAACGCCUCGGCGGCCCUAGCCGGCAGCGGUGCUCACUUGGGCUGCUUGCUGUCGACGCGCAUGUACGUGUUUGGCGGCCGUCGUAAAACAAGUGUCUGCGACGCGCGCGCGUGGGCGGUGUGUGCUCUGCCAGAGCAGCAGCAGCAGCAGCAGCAGCAGCAACAACAACAACAGAGAUCAUGUUUGCGCUGA